AUGUCGGCGGCUCGUUAUCUCGUUUCCAUCGCAGCUGCGACUUCCUCUUUGGCAGUUUUCGCCUCGAUUGUUUCUUUGGUUUAUCUUGUCAAUGAUGUCAACAACUACUACGAUGAUGUGACCAGAAACAUUGAGAACUUCAAGGACGAUGCUAACACCGUCUGGCAUCAAAUGAUGACUGUUGUCCCACAAGGAGACAAGCAACGUCAAGUUUACGAAUCAGUUUUCGGUCGUGCCAAGCGUCAAGCUCCACAAUGUAACUGCGGAGCCAACUCGGCUGCUAGCAACUGCCCAGCUGGACCACCAGGACCACCAGGAGCUCCAGGAGAGGAUGGAGACCACGGAUUGGUUGGAGAGGACGGAACUCCAGGAGCCGAUGGAAACCUUGGAGUCCCACUUUCUGCCAACGGAUGCAUCGUCUGCCCAGCUGGACCACCAGGACCACCAGGACAACCAGGAAAGGAUGGACAACGUGGAAACGACGGACAACCAGGACAAGACGCUGUUGGUGGAGGACAAGGAGCACCAGGACCACAAGGACCAGCUGGAGACAAUGGACAACCAGGAAGACCAGGAAACGACGGACGACCAGGAGCUCCAGGAGCACCAGGAACUCGCUCUGUCGGACGUCCAGGAGCCCCAGGAGGACCAGGACCACAAGGACCACCAGGAGCACGCGGAAACGAUGGACAGCCAGGAAACGACGGCGCUCCAGGACAACCAGGACAGCCAGGACCAGACGGACAUCCAGGACAACCAGGAAAUGCUGGACCACCAGGAACUCCUGGAGCCGCUGGGCAACCAGGAGGUGAUGCUGCCUACUGCCCAUGCCCAUCCCGUUCCUCUGUUGUUCGUGCCCAAGCCGCUGUUGCUCGCAACCGCAUUGCUGCCAAGCACCGAUCUGUUUCUCGCAGAAAGGCUGUUGCCGCCAGAAGAUCCAAGGCUCGUCGUGUGGUCGCUGCCAAGCACCGUGCCGUUGCCAAGAGACACCGUGCCGUCCAAAAAGCUUAG